AUGAGUUCAGACAGCAGGAGCCGAAGCAGGAGCAGGAGCAGGAGCCCUACGGAUCGUAAGAUCCGUUCUGAUCGCUUUUCCUACCGCGAUGCACCUUACAGGAGAGAUGGAGGACGUCGGGGUUUCAGCCGAGACAAUCUGUGCAAGAACUGCAAACGUCCAGGCCAUUAUGCUAGAGAAUGCCCUAAUGUUGCAAUUUGUCACAAUUGCGGUCUUCCUGGGCACAUUGCUUCAGAGUGUACUACAAAGUCACUAUGUUGGAAUUGCCGGGAACCUGGUCACAUGGCCAGUAACUGCCCAAAUGAAGGCAUCUGCCACACCUGUGGUAAGGCUGGACAUCGCGCUAGAGAUUGCACAGCUCCCCCAAUGCCACCUGGGGACUUGAGGUUGUGCAACAACUGCUACAAGCAGGGUCAUAUUGCAGCUGACUGCACAAAUGAUAAAGCAUGUAACAACUGUAGAAAGACAGGUCACCUAGCACGUGAUUGCCCGAAUGAACCCAUCUGUAACUUAUGCAAUGUAUCUGGGCAUGUGGCAAGACAGUGCCCCCGAGCCAAUGUCUUGGGAGAGCAGCGUGGAGGUGGAGGUGGAGGUGGAGGAGGUGGAAUGCGCGGCGGCGGUUACCGUGACAUUGUAUGUAGGAACUGCCAACAACUUGGGCAUAUGAGCAGGGAUUGUAUGGGCCCCUUGAUGAUCUGUCACAACUGUGGGGGACGAGGACACCUGGCAUACGAGUGCCCUUCUGGCAGAUUUAUGGAUCGCUACCCCAGGAGGUACUGA